CGCUGUCGCUAUAUUUGUGUUCUGUGGCUUUGUAGGUCAUAUAACAGGAUGUCAACAGAAGACAUUUGAAAGUUUAAACUCUUGCAAACGUUGGUGCUUAAUAAAUAGAUAUUUAUUAAUCCACUCAGUUAUUAGUUUGGGUUAUUGAGAAAGUUAAAAUACUUCUUAUAAGGAAUUAUGGCUGAAAAAGCAAAACAUAUAGAGAAAAGUUACAGAAAUUCAUAUUUUGCAGUCGUGUUAUUACUAACAGCAGCAACAAGAUUUUAUAAAAUAGCUGAACCCGAUCAUGUUUGCUGGGAUGAGACCCAUUUUGGAAAAAUGGGCAGUUGGUACAUAAACAGAACAUUUUUUUUUGAUGUACACCCUCCUCUAGGAAAGAUGUUAAUUGGACUCUCAGGGUAUUUAACAGGUUAUGAUGGAACCUUUCCAUUUGAAAAGCCUGGGGAUAAAUAUGAAAAUACUAGUUACAUAGGUAUGAGGAUAUUUUGUGCAGGAAUGGGAUCUCUGAUUGUCCCUAUGACUUUCUUAAUAGUGGAUCAGAUGACUAACAGUCCAACAGCGGCACUGUUUUCUUCACUAUUAAUUUUGUUUGAUGUUGGUCUUAUUACACUUUCACAGUAUAUUCUUCUAGAUCCAAUUCUGCUUUGUUUUAUGACUGGAUCAAUUUUAGGAGCCAUUAAAGUCUCCUAUAAUAAGAACCCAGAAUUUUCCUUAAAAUGGUGGUUGUGGUUGGUAUUUACAGGAAUUAUGUUAGCCUGUUGCAGUUCUGUUAAGUUUGUUGGGCUGUUUGUUGUAGGAUUAAUUGGACUGGUGACCUUGGCUGAUUUGUGGGAAAUCUUAGGAGAUAUGGACAGACCUCUGAAUGACUCUUUAAAACACCUACUAGCAAGAGCUUUGUGUUUAAUUAUUCUGCCCAUAUUCCUUUAUACAACUUUCUUCUACAUCCACUUGAAGAUUUUGAAUAGAAGUGGAAAUGGUGACGGUUUUUAUAGCUCAGCCUUUCAGUCCCAACUUAUAGGAAAUAGUUUAUAUAAUGCCAGUAUGCCACAUCAGGUGGCCUAUGGGGCUAUUAUUACAUUGAAAAACCAUAGAACCGGAGGUGGUUAUUUACAUUCUCAUUUUCAUUUGUAUCCUGAAGGAAUUGGAGCAAGACAGCAACAAGUCACCACUUACACUCACAAAGACGAUAACAACAAAUGGCUUAUUAAAAAAUACAAUACUGAGAAGGUUGAUGGUGUGGAAAUAGUAAAAAGUGGAGAUUUAGUCCGAUUAGAGCAUAUUACUACCAGAAGAAAUUUACAUUCGCAUUCUGAACAGGCCCCCAUAACGAAAAAGCACUACCAGGUCACCGGUUACGGAGAAAAUGGUACUGGGGAUGCUAACGACAUCUGGAGAAUUUUAGUGCAAGGUGCAAAAGAUAAAACUAAAGUAACAGCAGUAACGAGUAAGCUAAAGUUUGUUCACUAUUUACAAUCCUGCGUAUUAUCUACCAGCGGUAAACAAUUGCCAAAAUGGGCCUAUGAACAGCAAGAGGUAUCUUGCAACCUAAACUUAAGAGACUCCAAUGCAUUAUGGAAUGUGGAGGAGAAUUUUUUUGAAAAAUUGCCAAACGUAAGCUUUGAAGUUUACGCGCCCAGUUUCCUAGAAAGAUUUCUGGAAUCUCACGCAGUUAUGUUUCAAGGCAAUGCUGGCCUUAAACCUAAAGAGGGUGAAGUCACAUCUAGACCAUGGCAGUGGCCCAUUAAUUACAAAGGUCAAUUUUUCUCAGGUUCGCAGUACCGAAUCUACCUGUUAGGUAAUCCAGUCAUAUGGUGGGCCAAUAUCUUUUUUAUGAUCAUGUUUUUGAUAAUGUUUCUGAUAAGUGCUAUUAAAUUACAAAGAGGUUACAUUAAAUCAUUUUCGGAGCCUCAGAAGCAAAAACUUAAGGCCUGCGCGUGGUUGUUUGCAGGCUGGCUACUCCAUUUUGUACCUUUCUGGGCCAUGGGAAGAGUCUUGUAUUUUCAUCAUUAUUUUCCUGCAUUGCUGUUCAGUUCGAUGAUAACUGGUAUUAUAAUCGACUAUCUUCUAGAAGAAUUGCCAAAACUCUACCGUUAUCAUUCGCAUACAAUAUACCACAUUACUUUUGGCAUAGUGCUCUCUGUAAUUGUAUACAGUUUUUAUUUAUUUGUUCCAUUGGCCUAUGGGAUGAGUGGACCUUCAGCAAGUGAAAAAAACUCUACCAUGUAUGGAUUAAAGUGGAUGAACUCUUGGGAAUUUUAAACAUUUCAUUUUAAUUUAUACUUUUACUUCAGCCAUAAAAAAUGUUGAUUAAAUAUGAAUUAUUUAAAAAAAAGUAUAACGUAGUUUGAGUAGAAAAAACAUUACGAAUAUGAACAUAUCUAUAUUUUAAUAUACCUACUUAUAUUGUAAUAAUUGACGAUGGCUAAUUAAAAGUGAUUUCGAAAUUCGCUUGAUAAAAUUUUAUAUCAAUAAAUAUUACAACCUUCUCAAGUAAAAAAAUAGGUUAAAUCUAAUUUCAGUUUCAAGUAAUUUUGAUAAUCCCUUAAACUUUACAAACAUUUUUAAUUAAUUUUUCGUAAUCUUCUACUGCUUUCCUUGUUAUUAAUAAUUUAAACAAUAAUGAAAAUUGCUAAAUAAAUCUUUUUAAGAAUUUAAGCAAAUA